UUAGCUUACAAAGCAAAGUUGUAACUUUGAAUUCCUGUUUUUCCAACUACCCUCAUGUGACAGGAUAUCUCCUUAUUGGAGGUUUUCCCUAAUUUCAGAAGCCCUUUAAAAGUGAGAGCUUCCUCCACACCUCUUUUCAGCAGGGCAGCUCUGAGAACAGAGUAGCGGAAGGGGUGAUUGGGUGCCUGCAUUGUUUUGGUUCCUUCUUACCCCCUCCUCUCCAUCAGUGCAAGCGAAGGAUAAACUCUGGGACAUGAGGCUGUCCCUGCUCCUGGUUUUCCUCUCUCUCAUUCCGGCCGCCGUACAGCUGUUGGACACUAAGCAAUUUUUGAUAUAUAAUGAAGAUCACAAGCGCUGCGUGGAAGCAUUAAGUCCCAGUGCAGUCCAAACAGCAGUUUGCAACCAGGGCAAUGAGGCGCAGAAAUUCCGAUGGGUGUCUGAAUCCCGGAUUAUGAGUGUUGCUUUUAAAUUAUGUUUGGGGGUGCCAUCAAAAACGGAUUGGGUUGCUGUCACUCUAUAUGCCUGUGACCCAAAGAGCGAAUUUCAGAAAUGGGAGUGCAAAAAUGACACACUUUUGGGGAUCAAGGGAGAAGAUUUAUUUUUUAACUAUGGCAAUAAACAAGAAAAGAAUAUUAUGCUCUACAAGGGUUCUGGUUUAUGGAGCAGAUGGAAAAUCUAUGGAACCACAGAUGAUUUAUGCUCUAGAGGUUAUGAAGACAUGUACACGCUGCUGGGCAAUGCCAAUGGGGCAACGUGCACCUUUCCAUUCAAGUUUGAAAACAAGUGGUAUGCAGAUUGUACAAGUGCUGGGCGAUCAGAUGGAUGGCUCUGGUGUGGGACCACAGCAGACUAUGACGCGGACAAGCUAUUUGGAUAUUGUCCCUUGAAAUUCGAGGGCAGUGAAAGCUUAUGGAAUAAAGACCCGCUGACUGGCAUUUCCUACCAGAUAAACUCCAAAUCUGCUUUAACUUGGCACCAGGCGAGGAGAAGCUGCCAGCAACAGAGUGCUGAACUCUUGAGUAUCACAGAGAUUCACGAGCAAACGUACCUGACAGGAUUAACCAGUUCCUUGACCUCAGGACUCUGGAUUGGUCUUAACAGCCUGAGUUUCAACAGUGGAUGGCAAUGGAGUGGUGGCAGUCCAUUCAGAUAUUUGAACUGGUUACCAGGAAGUCCAUCAACAGAACCUGGAAAAAGCUGUGUGUCACUAAAUCCUGGGAAAAAUGCUAAAUGGGAAAAUCUGGAAUGUGUUCAGAAACUAGGCUAUAUUUGUAAGAAGGGCAACACAACUUUGAAUUCUUUUGUGAUUCCCUCCGAAAGCGAUGUGCCUACUAACUGUCCAAGUCAGUGGUGGCCAUAUGCAGGUCACUGCUACAAGAUUCACAGAGAGGAGAAGAAAAUCCAAAGAGAUGCCUUGACUGCGUGUCGGAAGGAAGGUGGUGAUCUAGCCAGUAUCCACAGCAUCGAGGAAUUUGAUUUUAUCAUCUCCCAACUGGGAUAUGAACCAAAUGAUGAGUUAUGGAUUGGCUUAAAUGACAUCAAGAUUCAAAUGUAUUUUGAGUGGAGUGAUGGGACCCCUGUUACAUUUACUAAAUGGCUUCGUGGGGAACCAAGCCAUGAAAACAACAGGCAGGAAGACUGCGUUGUAAUGAAAGGCAAGGAUGGGUACUGGGCAGAUCGGGCCUGUGAGCGACCUCUUGACUACAUCUGUAAGAUGAAAUCUCAAACCCAACCCUCGGGAACAGUGGAGGUAGAACAAGGCUGCCAAAAAGGCUGGAAAAGACAUGGCUUCUACUGCUAUUUGAUUGGACACACACUUUCAACAUUUAUGGAAGCAAAUCAAACCUGUCUAAAUGAGAAGGCUUACUUAACAACUGUUGAAGACAGAUAUGAACAAGCCUUUCUGACUAGUUUGGUUGGAUUGAGGCCUGAAAGAUAUUUUUGGAUAGGACUUUCGGAUGUGCAAAACAAAGGGACCUUUCAGUGGACCAUUGAGGAAAAAGUUCAGUUCACCCACUGGAAUUCAGAUAUGCCAGGGCGGAAAACAGGAUGCGUUGCCAUGAGAACUGGAGUUGCAGGGGGCUUGUGGGAUGUUUUGAGAUGUGAAGAAAAAGCAAAAUUCGUGUGCAAACACUGGGCAGAAGGAGUCACUCGCCCGCCGGAGCCCACGACAACUCCCGAACCCAAAUGUCCAGAGGAUUGGGGCACCAGCAGUAAAACAAGCUUGUGUUUCAAGCUGUUUGCAAAAGGAAAACAUGAGAAGAAAACCUGGUUUGAAUCUCGAGAUUUUUGUAAAGCUCUGGGCGGUGACCUAGCUAGUAUCAAUAAUAAAGAAGAACAGCAAGCAAUAUGGCGAUUAAUAGCGGCUAGCGGAAGCUAUCAUGAACUGUUUUGGUUGGGAUUGACAUAUGGAAGUCCUUCAGAGGGCUUUACUUGGAGUGAUGGUUCUCCUGUUUCAUAUGAAAAUUGGGCUUAUGGAGAACCCAACAAUUAUCAAAAUGUCGAAUACUGUGGUGAAUUGAAAGGUGACUCUGGUAUGUCCUGGAAUGAUAUUAACUGUGAACAUCUCAACAACUGGAUUUGCCAAAUACAAAAAGGACAAACACCAAAACCUGAGCCAACACCAGCUCCUCAAGACAAUCCACCAGUCACUGAAGAUGGGUGGGUGAUUUACAAAGACUACCAGUAUUAUUUUAGCAAAGAGAAGGAAACCAUGGACAAUGCCCGAGAAUUUUGCAAGAGGAACUUUGGUGAUCUUGUUUCUAUUCAAAGUGAAAGUAAAAAGAAGUUUCUAUGGAAAUAUGUAAACAGGAAUGAUGCACAGCCAGCAUAUUUUAUUGGCUUACUGAUCAGCUUGGAUAAAAAGUUUAUUUGGAUGGAUGGGAGCAAAGUGGAUUACGUGGCUUGGGCCACAGGUGAACCUAAUUUUGCAAAUGACGAUGAAAACUGCGUGACCAUGUAUUCAAAUUCAGGGUUUUGGAAUGACAUUAAUUGUGGUUAUCCAAAUGCCUUCAUCUGCCAGAGACAUAACAACAGCAUCAACACCACCAUUACUCCAACGGCACCUUCAGUCCCAGGAGGCUGUAAGGAAGGCUGGAAUUUUUACAAUAACAAGUGUUUCAAAAUCUUUGGAUUUGUUGAAGACGAAAGAAAAAGUUGGCAAGAGGCACGAAAAGCUUGCAUAGGAUUUGGGGGAAAUCUGGUAUCAAUCCGCAACGAAAAGGAGCAAGCAUUUCUUACCUAUCAUAUGAAGGACUCCGCUUUUAAUGCCUGGACUGGGCUGAAUGAUGUGAAUUCAGAGCACACGUUCCUUUGGACGGAUGGGCGAGGAGUUCAUUAUACAAACUGGGGCAAAGGUUAUCCUGGCGGAAGAAGGAGCAGUCUUUCCUAUGAAGAUGCUGACUGUGUGGUUAUUAUUGGAGGGAAAUCAAGGGAUGCAGGAAAAUGGAUGGAUGACACAUGUGACAGUAAACGAGGUUACAUAUGCCAGACACUUUCUGACUCUUCCUUGCCUAAUCCUCCAACAACAAUUCCAACAGAUGGCUUUAUUAAAUAUGGUGAAAGUAACUAUUCACUCAUGAAAUUAAAGUUAGAGUGGAAUGAAGCAGAGAAGUAUUGCAAGCUUCACAGUUCCCUUAUUGCUAGCAUUCUAGAUCCCUAUAGUAAUGCAUUUGCAUGGAUGCAAAUGCAAAAAUUUAAUGAACCUGUGUGGAUCGCCCUGAACAGUAACUUGACCAAUAAUGAGUAUGCUUGGACUGACAAAUGGAGGAUGAGGUACACUAACUGGGCUGCCGAUGAGCCCAGACUGAAAUCAGCAUGUGUUUAUCUGGAUCCUGAUGGCUACUGGAAGACAGCAUCUUGCAAUGAAAGUUUUUAUUUUCUCUGCAAAAGAUCAGAUGAAAUCCCUGCCACUGAACCCCCACAGCUGCCCGGCAGAUGCCCAGAGUCAGAACACACAGCAUGGAUUCCUUUCCAUGGUCACUGCUACUAUAUCGAGUCUUCAUACACAAGAAACUGGGGUCAAGCCUCUCUAGAAUGCCUCCGAAUGGGCUCCUCUUUGGUUUCCAUUGAAAGUGCUGCUGAAUCAAGUUUUCUGUCCUAUCGAGUAGAACCACUUCAAAGCAAAACCAAUUUUUGGAUAGGAUUGUUCAGAAAUGUUGAAGGAAAGUGGCUGUGGGUAAACAACAAUCCAGUCUCCUUUGUCAACUGGAACACAGGAGAUCCCUCUGGUGAACGAAAUGAUUGUGUAGCUUUAUCCGCAUCUUCUGGAUUUUGGAAUAAUAUUCACUGUUCUUCCUACAAAGGAUAUAUUUGUAAAAGACCAAAAAUUGUUGAUGCUGAACCUACUCAUACAUUAAUUACCACAAAAGGAUCUACCAUAACAAAAUAUCACAGACUGGUGGCUUAAACAAUGCAAGUUUAUUUUCUCUCAGCUUUCCUACAGCUUACGGUUCUGGAGGCUGGAGUCCAAGGUCACGGUACUGGCGGUGGGGGGCGGGGGUGGUCCUCUGAUGCCUCUCUCUCUGGCUUGCAGAUGGCUGCCCACUUGCUGCCCCUUCAUAUAGCUGUCCCUCUGUGUGCACGAGUCCCUGGUGUCUCUGUGUGUAUCCUACCUCCUCUUACAAAGAUGCCAGUUAGAUUGGACUAGGUAUACCUUAAAGACUUUGUUUUUAACUUAAUCCCCUCCUUAAAGAUCCUAUCUUCAAAUAGUCACAUUCUGAAGUACUAAGGGUUAGGGCUCCAACAUUUGAAUUUGGCAGGGGCGGGGGGGGGGGGCGGUGCACAGUUCAGCCUAUCAUAUACUUCAGAACACUUCUUUUUGAUUAUCCCUCGUGUCAGAAUUUUCCAGAGAAACUGAACCAAUAGAAUCUAUCUAUUAUCUAUCUAUCUAUCUAUCUAUCAUCUAUCUAUCUAUCAUCUAUCUUUCAUUCAUCUAUAUUUUUAUCUACUUAGCUAUCAUCUAUCUAAAUGGAGAAAGAUAUAUUUUAAGGAAAAGCCUCAUGCAAUUGCAAAUGCCUGGUAAAUCCAAAAUGUACAGGAUAGGUGAGCAGGCUAAAGACCCAGGGAAGAGUUGCAGUUUGAGUCCAAAAGCAGUUUGCUGGCAGAUUCACUCAAGGAAGAAGGUCCAUCUUUGUUCUAUUAGGGCCUUCAACUGAUUAGACAAGACCCAUCCUCACUAAGGAGGGUAAUGUGCUUUGCUCAAAGUCCACUGAUUUAAAUGUUAAUCUCAUCCAAAAUAACUCCUUCAUAGAAACAUCCAGAAUAAUACUUGAGCAAAUAUCUGGGCACCAUUGCCCAGCCAAGUGGACACGUAAAAUUAACCAUCACACCCCUUUAUAUGGCAAUGGUUUUGCAAUAUUUUUAUAUAGAGAAUAGAAAGAUAAUGCAGUCUUCAGCAUGAUAGAACAAAUGUUUGAAAAAUUCUUUGAUAGUUAAUAGUUUUAACUCUAUAACUUGUUAUUGAUAAUGUAGUAUAAAUUUUAGGACUAAGGUCAAAUAUGGGAAAACCUCUUGAAUUUCAGGGCAUUUAUUUUGAGUGUGUGCAUAUGUGUAUAACAAGUAAUUGUAAAUACCUGUGAAUCUGGUGAUAAUCACUAAUCAGUUUGUUGACAUUUUUAUAAUGGCAUAUUAUGAGUGCUUGGUGAGGUUGGUAUUUUGUGUCAAACCUAAAUCUUUUUCUAAUAUGUUCAUAUAAUUCAGUUCUCUUCAUUCUCAUCAUUAACUAAAUUACCAUAUAACCCAAGAGUCUCUUCACUAUUUCAACUUUGAAAUUAAUCUCUUCCUGUUAAUAAAUUAUUACUUUGGGAAUGAUCUGAAAAUUUUCUUGUUCCUAUUUGCAUCUUGAUGUCAGAAUAAUUUCUAUUGGUUUCAUUUUGCAAUUUUCAAAAUUUUCAUUUUCAAUUUUCUAUUGGUUAAUUUUUUGCUUUGUUUCAUAUUUCCAUUCAUUUGAAUUGCAUUUUAUUCUAAUUCUUUAACAAAUAAAUUUUAUUUUUUUUUAAAUUUUAUUUAUUUAUUUGAGAGAGAGGGAGAGAGCACAAGAGAGCAUGAGAGAGCACAAGCAGGGUGAGGGGCAGGCAGAGGGAGAAGCAGGCUCCCCAAUGAACAGGGAGCCCGAUGCGGGGCUUGAUCCCAGGACCCUGGGAUCAGGGCCUGAGCUGAAGGCAGAUACUUAACUGACUGAGCCACCCAGACACCACUUUAACAAAUAAAUUUUAAAAUGACAAAAUAAAGUAUAUUUUCUACACAUCCAAAUGUGCACUCUGCCUGCACUUAUACAAGAAUUUCUCAGUUGUUUUUUUGAGAUGUUCCAAAAAUAUUUUUCCAUGUUACAGGUAAAGUAGCAUCUUUGAUAAAGCUCUGUACCACAUUCCCAGCAAACAAAAAGAGAGAGAGAGAGAGAGAAAGAGAAAGGAAAACUGCAUAGUGUUUUUAUAUUGUAUAGGCUGCAUUACCUCACCCUUCCAUUUUAAUUCGGCUUUGAUGACAACUGGAAUUUCUACUUCAAUUUUUUUCUCCCUGUGAUAAUUGAAGGAAUUUCUGUAAACUAGCAUCUGGUUUCAAAUAUUUUAAAAGUUGUUUCUUCUCUAAAUCCACUUACUUUGGCCCUGGUACCUGAGGAUAUGCUCAUACUGGUUCACAAUCAAGGCUGGACGAUCUGAUACGGUGGAUGGCAGGUGCGUUCCCAGAAGCUGUGAUGUGGCUGAUUGAUGUCACAGUUUCCUGAGGCUGAACCGCAGGACUCAGUUAAUCCAACAGGAGUCUAAAUGCUCUGUGAAGGGAUUUUGCAGAAGUAAAUAAAGUCCCUAAUCAGGUGACUUUAAGUUGGGGAUAUUAUCCUGUGUGGGCCUGACUUAAUCAGUUAAAUGAUCUCUCAAAUUGGGUCUAGGCUUUCCCUGGGGUGGAGGUUAGGGGCAAACUCCUGCUUUUAGGAAACUUUUGGCCCAUGGAGUUCCAGCUUGUUCCUUAUCUUCCCUUUCUGAUGGCCUGCCUUGUGGACUUCAGACUUGCUUAGUCAGUCUGCCACAGUUACAUAAGCCAAUUCCUUAUGUCUCUAGAGAUGUUUGCCUACUAUCUAUCUAUCAUCUAUCUCUCAUCUAUCUCUAUCAUCCAUCUAUCUAUCAUGUUAAUAUUUCCUACUGGUCCUCUUUCUUUGCCUGAAUCCUGACUGAUACCCCAUUCCUAUACUGACAACCACAUAAAUAUAUUAUUCCAUUAAACCAACCAAAUGUAUUCCAAACUCAAUGUCCCUUUACCCCGAUUCCCAAAAGUGCUCACAGUCACUCCCACGCUACCUAACACAAGAAGGAGUUUAAUGGAAGGGUAGUUGGAGUAGAGAGUCUGAAAUAAUUAGGGUUAGAAUAUCUUACUUCUGCACAACUUAUUUUAAAAACACAACUGUGUGAAAACACGGCUAGGACCCUGUCCACCGGCUUUGAAGGGACGCUUGCAAGUGAGGGCCUCCCAAAUUAUGCUUCAUUUGAAAGCUUCACUAGAGAACCACUCUGAAUGUCAGGAGUAGUUUCUGAGAGAGGGGCCCCUGGAGAGGAGACCUGAGUACAGUCCAAUAAGAUGAGAGAAGAGUGUGUCUCAGUGGGGAAGGGGAAGGUAGGAACAGAUGCCAGACAGACGAAAUUUUGAGCAAAACCAGAGAUGAGAACCCACUAGUUGUAGACAGGGAGUAAAGUGGGGUGAAUGUGUUAAGGACUAGAAUUUAGGGGUCACACCCUCAAACACUGACAGCAGGCAGUCUUCUGUUUGGUCCUCCCCUUGUUUCAUCUGCAUUCAAAGCACCUUCUUUUUUUUUUUUUAAGGAUUUUAUUUAUUUGACAGAACAACUGGCUUGUUGGCAUAACAAAAUUGGAGGCUGAAAAAUCUUAAUUUAGAAACCCUUGAAAUAUGAAGGAUGUAAGGCACCUCUAUUAGUGAGAAUUUCUUUUCUGGUAAUAUCUUAGGGUAAACAUAUUGCAUUGGCUAUAAAUAGGCAUCUCAAUCCUGGUUGCACUUUGUAAUUGCCUGGGCCUCACCUCGGACCCGUAAAAGGAGAAUCUGGGAGUGGACCAGCAGAACGGAACAGGGCAAACCAGCAAAAACUUCCUAGGUGACACUAUGAACUGGAUAAUGAAGAAAUAAGGUUAAAUAGUGCAGGUUUGAAGGUGUUAAUUAUUCUUCAGCUUUCCCUAGUAAGUCAAAAUUCUUGAGAACAUGAAUACAGUAAUAUUUCUCAAAAUUAGCAGAGGGCAGUUGGUAAAUUUCACGAUGUAUUUGCCCUUAACAUAACUUUUUGUUUUUUACUAAAAAGAAGAUAUAAUAAAAAAUAGUAAUAUUAUAAUUUGUUCUUGCAUACUUCCGGUUUUUCUUAGAGAAUUCAUAUUGUAUCCAAAUAUCAAAUAAGAAAUUUUCCUUAAAACAUUGUUUUUGGUAAAGCCUAAAUAGAUGUUGUCAUAAAAAUGUUUCAGGAGAUUCCUUCCACUGAAACUUUUGUCCAAACUGGUGCAACACAUAUUUUGGUAUUAGAAUUUCCGUAGCAUUCUAUAAAUAAGGUUUUUGAUUUGGAAGGGCCCCUAUUAGGCAGCAAUUUUAAACAAAAGAUGGCACUGACAUUGGAAAGGCUCCCUGAGUUGGCUGGAGAUCCUGGCUAUGCUGUGGGGGCUUUAAAAUAUUAAGGUUAUUCAUGGCGGCUCUGCACGAUUAGAUUUUGGCAAAGAUCGUUGAUCUCAUUCAACUAGCUCUGUGGGUUGAGUGAAAACCAUUCCUAUCACUGCUUUCUCCUUAUGGGUCUGAUUACAGCUCAUGUACAUAUAGUUCUCCUGGUGUUUGAGAGAACUCCACAGAGCAAUCAUGCUCUCUUUUCUGUUAACUUUUUGUUUUUGUUUUUGUUUUUUAAGGACAGGAAAAGUUCAAGACUCCUUGGGCUUGCUCCUGAUUGGGGGCUUCGGCAGGGGUUCUCAAACUGUUAUGGGCAUAAGAGCCACAUAGUGAGUUUAUUCAAGAUACAGAUUCCUCUGGGAUCAUGGUUAUGAUUCUGAUUAAGUAGAGCGGGGUUGGAGUCCUGGAAUCUGCCUUUCAGCCUGCAAUCCGGAAGAUUCUGAUGGCCUCGGGCUAUGAUUUUGAUGAACUCUAUUUCGGAAUCAUUUUCCAUCAAGAUAGCAUUUCCUCAAAGCUGUUAGAAAUCUCACAGAAUCCCAUAAUCCGUGAGGUAAAAGCAGGAUAGCCAAAUAGCAUGGGAGUUAACCAAAGUUUCAGUUUCUCCAUUCUUUCUGUUAGUUAACCAGGAACUGUCGAUGCUAAAAUCUUUUCUGCACUACUUUUCAUGAACUCCCCUAUACUCUCUGCUCUCUACUGAAUGUUUGCAUCUCACUACCCCAACCCCAUUCGUAUGUUUGAGACCUAAUUCCCAAUGUGAUGGUCUUAGGAGGUGGGGUCUUCGGGAGGUGGUUAGGUGAUGACGGUAGAGCCCUUGUGAAUGGAAUUAG